AUGAUUAAUGCAGUGCUGGUGAUGAACACGCAGGGAAAGCCUCGCCUUACCAAAUUCUAUGAGCCUGUCGCUGUGGAGAAACAACAGGAUAUAAUUCGCUCUGUUUAUUCAGUCCUAUCAAGCAGAGGAGAGAAUUUCUGUAGCUUUGUCGAAGCUGAUGAUAUAUUUGGUCCUGAUACUAAACUUGUCUACAGGCAUUUUGCAACUCUCUACUUUGUCUUCGUGAUUAAUAAAGCUGAAAGCGAGCUCGGAAUUCUUGAUCUAAUUCAAGUCUUCGUGGAGACAUUGGAUAAAAACUUCAAAAACGUGUGUGAACUGGAUAUCGUUUACAACUUCAACAAGGCAACCAGUGUCUGAGUUCGUACAUUCCGACCGAAAGUCGAGACUUCAGUCUUCAGCAUCUUCACACCCGUUUUGCUCUUAGCCCAUGUACUUUUGAGCUUCGAUGGGAAAGGGAAGUAGUGAGGGUUAGGUCGAAUUCAGAAAUAUUGACAAUGGGCGUUUUGCGUGCUUCAGUUCUCCAGACUAGAGGUCCUCUGUUACUUUUUCACUCCACUCACAGAACAUGUAUGCACAGCCCAAUCAUUCAUCGCAUUGCUUUAAGACCUGAAUUUGUCAGGAUACAUUGUGCUCGAGCUUAUAAACCUCAGCGUGAGAUUACAGGAGUGCUAGCUGAGCAACAACCAUACUCGCAUUUGAGAGACACACUGGUCUUACUUGACGGGGAGAAUCCCGUUGUUGGAAAGUCCGUCGGAGCAGAAAAGUUCCCAGCAAAAGACUCCAUCAUGAACAAGGUGGAUUUGGCUUUUAAGGAAGCCAACUCGGCGGAAAGGCAAACUGCAGUAGAAGUUUGGCAAAACGGUAGAAUCGAGCUUUCCCUCACGUCCAGUCCAUCUUCACGUUUGGAUGUGACAUCCAGAAGCAAGGUUGACCUUAUGGAAGUGGAUUCUAUUUUGUUUUCAUUUGGGGUGAUCACAGACGUCCAGUAUGCAGACAUUCCUGAUGGUUUUUCUUUCGGAGGUACUCCUCGAUUUUACAGGCACGCUCUUGAGGUUCAACAUAGAGCCGUGACUGAAUGGAAUGAACAUGGAAAGAUUUCCUUCGCUAUCCAUUUUGGUGACCUCGUUGAUGGGAAAUGCCCAAAAGAAGAAUCUAGUAAAGCAGUUUCACAGGUGUUGGCGAUUUUUGAUUCCUUCCAUGGGGGACCCGUGUACCAUAUGAUCGGGAAUCAUUGCCUGUACAACCUUCCAAGGGCUGAGCUCAACAGGGUAUUCAGCAUACCACCCUCGGUAGACGGUCGGUCAUACUAUGACUUCUGUCCCGCCGCUGGAUUUCGGUUCGUAGUCUUGGAUGGGUAUGAUAUCAGUGUUUUGGGCUGGCCCGAAGACCAUCCACAUGUGCAGCUUGCUACCCAUAUGCUUAACUCAGUAAAUCCAAACGCUGAUAAGAACAGUCCUGUUGGGCUGGAUGGUCUGAUGGCCAGGUUCGUGAUGUUCAACGGUGGAGUAGGGAGGGACCAGCUGGCCUGGUUGAAUAUCGUUCUGCACAACGCAAGUCGUGCAGGCGAGAAAGUCGUUAUAUGUAGCCAUUUGCCUCUACAUCCAGACUCUGCCUCUCCUUCAUGCCUUUGCUGGAACUUUGAUGAGGUGCUUGAUUUACUUCAUAGACACGAUUGUGUUGUGGCUUGCUUCUCAGGCCAUGCCCAUUCAGGAGGCUAUACUCAGGACUCGUGUAACAUACACCAUGUAGUUUUAGAAGCUGUGCUGGAAUGUCCUCCCGGAGAAAAUGCGUAUGGGCGAGUUGAUGUUUUUCAUGAUCGGCUUUCUCUUCGAGGGAUAGGUCGCAUGGUUUCUAGGGACUUAUUUUUCCACUAGCGACCGCUAGCACUGUGAAAUCUCUGGUUUAUGGCAGAUUCGCCUCUAUGUAUAUCAUGGUAUAAAUAUAUG